AUGGAAAGCCAAAUGGAAACCAUUUACGCCGAUGUAAAUAAGGCCAUCUACAAAUAUGGCAAACCAUCUGCACAAAUAGAAUUUGUUAAACCAUACGAGGCCAUGUUUGUAGAUGGCGACUCUUUAUUCAAUUUGAAAAACAUCGAUAUUAUUGAUGAAAAAGAAGAGUAUGAAGAAGAUUAUUAUGAAGACGAUGAUGAAGAUGAUUAUAAUGAAGACGAUGAGGAUGACGAUGAAAUGGUUAAUGAAUAUGAUAAUGACAAUGAUGAUGAUUAUGGAGAAAACGAUGAUAAUGGAGAAAACGAACUUAUGGAAAUAAACAAUUGA